AUGACGACAAUACCUUUGGUUUUGGACCAGGAUACUGAACCGGGGCCAUUGCCGAAUUAUGAAGAUGUUAUGAAAACUAAAAAGAAUGAGUUUAAUGCAAGAGGAACAAGGUCUCGAAGAUUUUUGGAUAUUGAGUUUGGGAAAGAUGCUUUGUUUGCUGGGUCAGUCGCUUUAGCAAACAUCUCAAUCAGAUUGGGCUUCUUACGAAAAGUAUUUGGUAUUCUCUCCUUCCAGCUGUUAGCCACAGCUGUAAUUUGUACCACUUUCUACUUGGUCCCAAAUGUCCGUAUUUUCCUUCAAGAACACCCUGGACUUGUUCUUGGUUCUCUCUUUAUGUCAUUUAUAUUAUUAUUUGCGCUUUAUAUGAAUUCUCACAAUGUGCCUAUCAACUAUUUACUGCUUACCUCUUGGACAAUGACACAGGCUUUUGCUGUAGCCUUUCUUGUCUCGUUCUAUGAUGUCGAAGUAGUGAUUGAAGCAGUAGGUUUGACUGCUGUUGUGGUCAUUUCUUUGUUCAUAUACACUCUACAGUCAAAAAGAGACUUCCAGAAGUAUUACGCAACUCUGUACUCUUUCCUAUUGGUCUUCAUUUUAGCUUCGCUGGUGCAGAUUUUCGUCCAGUCUCCUAUUUUCAAUUUCAUGAUGGCUGUUGUUGGUGCCGGCAUAUUCUCUGCGUAUUUGGUUAUCGAUGUCGAUCGAAUUAUGCAUCAUUCUUCUCCUGAAGAUUAUAUUGACGCUUGUGUCUCUUUGUAUCUAGAUAUUAUCAAUCUAUUUUUGAGAAUCUUACAAAUCAUUAAUGAGCUAAAUCGUAACUGA